CUAACACGCAGCUGAAUGGAACGUUCCACCAGCGAGCACUUAACUAGCUUUCGCUUCCUCUGCUUGGUACUGGUAAAUUUCGCCGGGUUGGGUCACGUGACGAAGGAGCAGCUGCUGCUCCUCCGCCGUGCGGAAAGUCAUGUGACUCUCUUGCACUGUCCUCUUCCUCCUCCGCUCGCCUCAAAGUGGGGUUGUCACGGCAGUGAUAAUCGGAAUCCGGCAGACUGCAAGAAGAUGCGGGUGUUGGUGGUGAUCGUUGUCGCUGUAGCCUCCGUUUGGGCGGCCGUGCUGGCCAAGGACCCGUUUGCUGAAGAAUGCAAAACACAUGAGUAUCCUCCCUCAGGACCGACGUACAAAGGAAAGAUUCCUACAUACAUAAUAAAUCUUGACUUGCCACCAAGUGAGAGAUGGGCCCAGAUGGCACGUGACAAAAAAGUAGAGAUGAAGUCUAUGAUUAAGUCUAUGAAAGAUAUGGUAGCUGCAUUCCUCCGUAGUGAAAAACUUAUAGCAUCGUUGGAAUCUAAAUUGGCUUGGUUAGGGUCCACUCUUCCCUAUCCUUUCAAUGAAGAAGUCAAAGGCAUUGCUUCUGCAAUCGAAUCUCCUUUAGGUGACAUGGUUGUGUUCAAUGUCUUCUAUGAAAUCUUCACAUUGUGCACUUCAAUAGUCGCAGAAGACAAAACGGGAAAGCUGUACCAUGCCAGAAAUCUUGAUUUUGGACUGUUUCUUGGGUGGGAUGUGCACAACAGUUCUUGGAUCAUAACAAUGAAGCUGAAACCACUAAUGGUGUCACUGGAUUUUCAGAAGAACAAUAAAACAGUGUUUAAGUCUGCAAAUCUUGCAGGCUAUGUGGGAAUGGUGUCUGGGGUCAGGCCAGGUGCUUUUACUCUAACCAUGAAUGAGCGGUUCAGUCUUGAUGGAGGUUAUGUUGGACUCUUUGAGUGGAUCCUUGGCCAGAGAAAUGGUUGGUGGAUGAGUUUCCUCACCAGAACUGUGUUGGAAAACAGUACAAGUUAUGAGGAUGCAAAGGACAAACUGGCUAACACAAAACUAUUGGCUCCAGCUUACUUCAUACUAGCAGGAAACAAAUCUGGUGAGGGUUGUGUUAUUACACGUUCUCGAGUUUCAGCCUUGGACAUUUGGACCUUGGACCCGGAAGGAGGGGUCUGGUAUGUUUUGGAGACCAAUUAUGAUCGCUGGAAGGAUCCGCUCAUUCUGGAUGACCGGAGAGGACCUACAAUGAGGUGCUUGAAUCAAACAAAGCAAGAGAACCUCUCAUCAUCAGCUAUGUACAAUAUUCUCUCCACAAAGCCUAUUCUCAAUAAGUUGACUGUGGCUACUACACUGAUGGAGGUUUCUGAAGGCCGCAUAGAGACUUAUCUGAGGGAGUGUCCAGAUCCUUGUAGCCCCUGGUGAGGAUUGCAGUUGCCUGUGGAAUGGAUGCUGUCUGUGGGGUGGGGUGGGGGGAGAUGCUGUACUUUAUCCAAGAAGCUCCUUAGCUUGCAGUAUGUUGCAUGUGAUGGCCUUCUAAUCUUGGGAGAUGUGUGAUGGCUUGCCAGUUCAGACAACAGACUGACACUUAUCCUGCAACACCUCUUUUCAUAUGUCUGCUUUCUAUGAAUUGAAACUAAAACAGUCAGCUUUUUGGAUCCCUAUUUUUUUACAAUGCUGCUUCGGUUAGUCAGUGUUUAGAAAAUGUCUUGCAGCACAGUCCUAGGCAUGUUUAGUCUCUCAUUGUUCAGUCAGGCUCAGGUAUGGGAUUGUAGCCCUGGAAAUGAGGACAGCUUGGAAAUGGCAUUGUACACAUUCUUUCAGGUGCAGCAUUGUUGUCAGUCUUUUGAAAUAAAGUCCAGUUUGGCUUUGUGAUUCAGCUGCUCCUCUGACUACCAGCUACCUCAGCACUACAGUGUGUUUUUUCCAGGCUGAAUGAAUGCUACGUGGCUUUUGGCUCCCCCGUUCAUCCCUUUAAAAUAGGGAGACAGCGCUGUGGGAUGGUCAGUCCAGCCUGGGAAAACAGCAGCAUAGCACUUCUCUCAGGUUGGAAGGAGUUCCACAGAGCUAUCCUGGCUCCUUCCUGCGGUGUUUAGUUUUGUUUUUUAAGAGCUGAGUGGGAGAGCAGUGAGCGUCUUGCACCACUCUUUCCUUAAGUGACAAACAUAUGGCCAGGCUGUUAUAUCCUGCCCUUUUAAAGAGAGAAAGGUGGUAUUAUCAGCAGAGGGAGGUAAAUGGAGGGUAUGGCUGUUCACCAGGCCUAGUAGCAGUUGCACUCCUUCCAAUACAGACACAUUUUAAGUCACUUUUUUUAGAGCAUAGUUGGCUAAAUCCGACGCACUGGUAGUAUAAACAGUGGUCUGGGGCAUUCCUGGCUAUGGGAAAAUUGGGCCAACAUUGCCUGCCUGCUGCCUCCUCUUCCAUGUACAACUGCCUGCUCCCCAGUUUUGUAGAUUAGAGGGGGGGAAACGUAACCGAGGCACAUGGAGUGUCUCCAUCUGUACUACCACAUGCAUUAUAUUGUCACUAUCUCAUAGUUUGAUGUUUCUUUUGUGGUCCACUUACUAAAAGGUUUAGACACUAUUGCUUCAGAAUAAAAGUUGCUCUACUUUUGUAGUAAGUUAACUGAGGCUUUGAAUGUUUCAGUACUGCUAAUCAGUAUUAAGAAGGUACUUUUAACAUAUUAUCGAUCACUUUACAAUAAAAACUAUGCGGGAAAA